UGAUUAUUCAAACGAAGCUCUCUCUGACAUUUCUCCUCUCCAUUACCGUUUUUGCCCUUCACACGGUUAGGGUUGUUCCACAAAGUUGACCCUCAGAUCGGAGCAAGCUCUCUCUCGAGAACCAAAGAAGAAGAAGGCCAAUCAUGUCUAGGCAAGUCGCAGCAAGACUUAUCGGAUCUCUGUCUCGCCGUUGCUCAAGCAACAGCAGCAGCAGCUCUGAAGUGUUUCCAACUCUCAGCUCAUUGACCCAGUCUCGCUCAUUCGCGUCUGAUCCUCCACCUCCAGCCGCCGUAUUCGUUGACAAAAACACCAGAGUCAUGUGUCAAGGCAUCACCGGAAAGAACGGAACUUUCCACACCGAGCAAGCCAUUGAGUACGGCACCAAAAUGGUGGCAGGAGUGACACCAAAGAAGGGUGGAACAGAGCACUUAGGUCUCCCUGUGUUCAACUCUGUUGCUGAAGCCAAGGCUGAGACCAAAGCCAAUGCCUCUGUCAUUUAUGUUCCCGCGCCUUUCGCUGCUGCUGCUAUUAUGGAGGGUAUACAAGCUGAGUUGGAUCUUAUUGUCUGCAUUACUGAAGGAAUCCCUCAGCAUGACAUGGUACGUGUAAAGCAUGCACUCAACAGUCAAUCAAAAACUAGGCUGAUUGGUCCAAACUGCCCUGGGAUCAUCAAGCCUGGUGAGUGCAAGAUUGGUAUUAUGCCUGGAUACAUCCACAAGCCUGGCAAGAUUGGGAUCGUCUCUCGUUCUGGAACCCUUACAUAUGAAGCUGUUUUCCAAACAACUGCGGUUGGGCUAGGCCAAUCUACGUGUGUAGGAAUUGGUGGAGAUCCUUUUAAUGGGACCAACUUUGUCGACUGCUUGGAGAAAUUCUUUGUUGAUCCUCAAACAGAAGGUAUCGUUCUCAUUGGAGAAAUCGGAGGCACUGCAGAAGAAGAUGCUGCAGCUUUGAUAAAAGAAAGUGGUACUGAUAAGCCUGUUGUUGCUUUUAUUGCUGGACUCACUGCACCACCGGGUCGUCGAAUGGGUCAUGCAGGAGCCAUUGUUUCCGGUGGCAAAGGUACAGCUCAGGACAAGAUUAAGAGCCUAAAUGAUGCAGGAGUGAAGGUUGUUGAAUCUCCAGCUAAGAUAGGAGCGGCCAUGUAUGAUCUCUUCAAAGAAAGAGGUCUUUUGAAGCAGUGAAGUGAAUUUCACUUGCUCACUUUUUUUUUUCCAUCUUGAAACCUUUCAAGAAGUAAACAAAAAAAGAAACCUAAGCCCUCGCCAUUGUUGGGUUGCACACCAUUUUAGGGUUGUUUUUCUAAAUCGAUUUUGUUUUUGCAAUUAAAGAGUGAUAAAUCAAAAGAUUGAAUAAAUCGAUAUUGCUUGAA